AUGUGCUUGUCCUCUUGUGCUGUCUCAGAUUCGGAUAGAUUUGAGCACAUACAAGCAUCGCUUCUUGGCGAGGAGGCAGCAGGUCUGCACACGUUCUUUAUGUCAACACGGUUACAUGAAAAAAAGGACAUAGCCUUUUGUCUCCUGCAUCAUCAGGGCGUGGAAAGGCGUAAUCCUUCGGUGGAUUGUGUUGCGCCGACACAAUCGUCCCGGUUACCGGAAUCGUGGAUUUGGGCAAUUCCUAAAGCACCGGAGUCAAAGAGUCUGGAUUCUUUUUCUCGCCUCCAUCGAUCUGAAGUCGUGAAGGCGUCUCUAAAGUGCAGACCUGGUGAGUAUAUGCCAGUGAAUGUGCAUAUGUAUGUGCUUGUGCUUGUGCUAUUGUGCGUCCGUCAGGGUUGCUGGCCUAGCCGGUCUUAUCCCUAA